AUGCAAUAUCUUCCACUUCCAAUAAAUCUAGAUCUACUCGAUCAACUUGUAUAUGAAUAUCUAAGACACGAGGGAAUUAUUAACGAAGAAACCGUUAUAAACGAGUGGAAUAAAACUUAUAAUAAAUGUACACAUAAUGUAGAAAAACUCUGCAAAAUCAAUGAAAUAAGACAACUCAUCAAUAAAGGCGAGAUUCAGGCUGCAUUCGAAUGUAUAAAUCAAGUAUAUCCCGAAUUACUAUUGAAGCCAAGAUUAACGUUCCGACUAUAUAAACAACAGUUCAUUGAAUUAUCCCGUGAUAAGCAAAUCACAAAUGCAACAGCAUUAGAAUAUCUGCAAAGACAUCUCGCUCCCUGUGCACUGUCUUCGGAUCCCCACGCAUUCACCGAAUUUCAACAGACGUUAUUGUCACUAGUGCUCGGGAAUAACACGACCGAUCUUGAAAUGAACAAUAAUACCAGCAAUAAUGAUUUCGAUUCGAUUCUAUCCAAAGACAAUUCUGAUUCUUCGGUCAAAUUACCACAAAAGAGUACCAAUAAGUUAAGCGACGAUUGGUCAAUACGAAAAAGAGAGGAACUGGCUGACGAUAUAUAUAGUGUUUUAUUGAGAAGUAUGGGAAUUAGAGAGUCUAUACUGGCACUUGGGAUACGGUAUGUUUACGAAAAGAGAACACAAGAAUCUAAGAGAGAGGAAGCAUCACUUCCUGAAGCUGCGCAGCUUCUACUCCCAGAACGCGACGAUGAAGACGAAAACGUAUCUCAGAUGGACGGUAUUUAUGAAGAGCUGGAUACAAAUGAUAUGGAAAUUGACCAAGAAGCCGUUAUGCUUUUAGCUCAGACUGUCGGCAUAUCUCGCCUACAAGCCCGAACGUCCAUAAAGCGGGCGCACGGUUCUUCCUCGGAAGCAUUAUUUAACGAACUUUCCCGGAUGCGCAUUUCCCGCUCACUUCUUAAUGAACUCUGCCUCAAUUAUUACGGUCAACGCAUCGCGUUUCCAUUUUCCUCCCAACCUCUCCCGUCGUACUCACUUCAUUCUAAUUCGUCUUCCUCUAUGCUCACACCAAGCGCAAUCUCGUUAAAUACAUACCAACCUCAAUCAGGCGAUGAUUCAAUUGAAAGAGUCGGAAUUUACGUUCAAGAAAUUGUCAUGAAAGGGGAAGGAAACGUCGCAAAAAGAGUUCUGGAGCAUUUGAGCACAAGUGGUGUGACGUCGGUUUACGAUAAAUUAUGCGAGUGGAAUAGAGAUUACGAAGGUGGAAAGUGUAAAAAUGCGAAUUUGAGAGAGCGUAAGAUUGGGGGAAAGCAAAAGAACUGGAGUAAGGACAAUGAUAAGUAUAUAGGAAAAGACCCGAUCAAGGAUAAUAACCACGUAGGAAGGAAUGGUAAUUUUGAGGACAAAAGUGAAAACGAAACGAUAGAUGAUGCGUGCGCUACAUUCCCGUACGAAGAUUUGGAAAAAACUCCCGUCUCUCCACGCUUGUGGUUUGCUUGGAAGCAAUGCGAGUUUUUGGAACAUUUACGCGUAAAUGAAUGGGAUCAGGCUAUGAGAAUACUGAGAGAGGAAAUGAACAUUAAAUGUGCUUUUGUCUCGCUUCUUCCAAUACCUAAUCACCCGCCUGUUUCCUCUCGCCCAGGUCCACUGACUAUAACAUACCCUGAUCUCUUAGACUCGCUCAAAGAUUGUACUCUACUCAUUGUGUACCGUAACUCGACUAAAACGCCGUUCAAUCCCCAUAUCCUCAUUCGCCCUCUAUUAACAUCUCUGGCCAGUAGUUCGUAUUCUCCCUCCGCUACCAGUUCCAAAGAUGCCACUUCCCAACCUUCCCUUCCAUCGCCCAUAGUACCGUCCCUUGUGGUUCUCUUUUCCCAUUUGCUUGAUAUUCAUUCUAAAUGGUUCGAAUAUCAACAAAGCGAAGAUAUAUUCCAAAGUCUCUUUUACUUGGAUGAGUUGAAGAAGUUAGAAUAUUUCCGGGUACCUUUACGACUACGGAAUAACGAAAGCACGAGUAAUAUGGAUGAAGGGAUUGUUGAGGAUAAUGAGGAUGACGUAAUGAUGCUAGAGGAUGAAUUCGGCGAAGAGGAAUUGCGAAUGGCUGAAGCAAAUGCAGUCAGGUUUAAUAUUGCCGACAAUGUAAUCACACAUAUCCAGGAAGUAAUGGCAUGGUCUAGAGUACAAGCAAUCAACAUGCUCAUCGAACAUGGAGGCAAUCCAGAAACCCUCUUAAAUGCAAUAUUCUGA